AUACUACUUCUUCUUCAUUAUAUUCUUGGAUAACCCACCACUUCCUUUUCAUUCCUCUCUAUCUCUCACUUCCUCUAAUCUUACAAGUUAAAGAUGGGUAAAUUCUGUCUUGUGUUUUGCAUAAGCAUUCUUGUAGCUUUUGGGGAAGUCAUCAAUGGCUACCAAGAGGAAGAAAAGAUAGGAGUUUAUGAGCUGAAACAAGGAGAUAUCUCCUUGAAGCUCACCAACUAUGGUGCUCGUAUCAUCUCUCUGUUUCUUCCUGACAAAAAUGGAAAACUGGACGAUGUUGUUCUGGGUUAUGAUUCUGCACAGGACUACAAGAACGACACGUCGUAUUUUGGAGCAACUGUUGGAAGAGUUGCUAAUAGAAUUGCUGGUGCUCAAUUUACUUUGAAUGGAACUCAAUACAAACUAGUUCCUAAUGAAGGGAAGAACAUGCUUCAUGGUGGCCCUAAAGGAUUCAGCAAGGUGGUUUGGAAAGUUAAAAAAUAUAAACCGGAUAGCCGUUCUCCCCAUAUUAUCUUUAUCUAUCACAGUCUUGACGGAGAUCAAGGAUUCCCUGGGAAUCUUCGUGUGGCUGUGGGCUACACACUGAUAGGAAACAAGUUGAGUAUAACAAUGAAAGCAAAAGCUAAAAACAAAGCAACUCCGGUGAAUCUAGCCCAACACGCCUACUGGAACUUGGCCGGCCAAAACAGCGGCGAUAUUCUCUCCCAAGAACUUCAACUCUUUGCUUCCCACUACACUCCCGUCGACAACCAGCUCAUCCCCACCGGGAAAAUCGUCUCCGUUAAAGGAACGCCAUACGAUUUCCUUAAACCCUACACCAUUGGAAGCAGGAUCAAGCAACUAGCUAAUGGCUACGACAUAAACUACGCCAUUGACGACAGUGAAAAGAAGAAGAAGACGAUGAUGAAGAAAGUAGCCAUUGUCAAAGACAAGAAGUCAGGAAGAGCAUUUGAGUUGUUCAGUAAUCAACCUGGUGUCCAAUUCUAUACAAGCAACAGUUUGACACAGAAGGGCAAAGGUGGAUUUGUGUAUAAGCCUCAUGCAGCUCUUUGCUUGGAGACUCAAGGGUUUCCUGAUGCUGUGAAUCACCCAAACUUUCCUUCACAGAUUGUGAAUCCUGGAGAGUCUUAUAAUCAUUACAUGCUGUUCAAGUUUUCUGUGUAUUGAAUAAAUUCAUAGGAUCAUGACUCUCUGUAUUUAGUUUCCCUGAAAUUAUGAAGUAAGUUUUUGUAGUAUUAGGCUCAGGCAAAUGAAUAAUUGUAGUAUUAUAAUCUCAAGGAUGCUUUAUGAUCUGAAAUCCAGAAGAAGGUAGGGUUUUGGUA